CCUGGGCCAAGCCGCCUGCGGGUCACUCGGCAGCGCCGGAAGUCGGGGCGCGCAGGAUCCGGGAGGAGCGCUUGACUGCUUGCUACCUGUCCGUCGGGGGAUCCUGGCCGCCAUGGUGUCAGACGAAGAUGAAUUGAAUCUUCUAGUUAUUGUAGUUGAUACCAACCCAAUUUGGUGGGGAAAGCAAGCAUUAAAGGAAUCUCAGUUUACUUUAUCAAAAUGCAUAGAUGCUGUGAUGGUACUGGGAAAUUCUCAUUUAUUCAUGAAUCGUUCCAACAAACUUGCUGUGAUAGCAAGUCACAUUCAAGAAAGUCGAUUCUUAUAUCCUGGAAAAAAUGGCAGACUUGGAGACUUUUUUGGAGAGCCUGGCAACCCUUCUUCUGAAUUCAGCCCCUCAGGGAGCAAGGAUGGGAAAUACGAGUUGUUCACAGCGGCGAAUGAAGUUAUUGCUGAAGAGAUUAAAGAUCUCAUGACCAAGAGUGACAUAAAGGGUCAUCAUACAGAAACGCUGCUGGCAGGAUCCCUCGCCAAAGCUCUUUGCUACAUUCAUAGAAUGAACAAGGAGGUUAAAGAUAAUCAGGAAAUGAAAUCAAGGAUUUUGGUGAUCAAGGCUGCAGAAGACAGCGCGCUGCAGUAUAUGAACUUCAUGAAUGUCAUCUUUGCAGCACAGAAGCAGAAUAUUUUGAUCGAUGCCUGUGUUUUAGACUCGGAUUCAGGACUCCUCCAACAGGCUUGUGACAUCACGGGGGGACUGUACUUGAAGGUGCCUCAGAUGCCGUCCCUUCUGCAGUAUUUACUGUGGGUUUUUCUUCCUGAUCAAGAUCAAAGAUCUCAGUUAAUCCUCCCACCCCCCGUUCAUGUGGACUACCGGGCAGCUUGCUUCUGCCAUCGAAAUCUCAUUGAAAUUGGCUAUGUCUGUUCUGUGUGCUUGUCAAUAUUCUGCAGUUUCAGUCCUAUCUGUACCACGUGCGAGACAGCCUUUAAGAUUUCUCUGCCUCCUGUGCUGAAGGCCAAGAAAAAGAAACUGAAAGUGUCCGUGUGAUCAUACAAUCCCCCCAGUCUUUUAGAGCCUAUUAAUAGAAAUUGUAUGGUGGAAUGUUAGGAGGCCCUGAAAAAAAUACAGUGCGUGUGGGAUAAUUUUGAAUGAAGUUCCUUACAGGAAAGAUUUCUAGACCAUUAUCCUCAUGCUGUGCUUUUGGGAGACUGCUUUAUUUGAGGGGGUCAUUCUAUGCAAUCUUUUCUGACUGGUUUUUGUCCACAGAGGGAGAAGAAAGCACAAAUUAGUUAGUGACUUUUUUUUUUUUUUUUAAUGAGAUGCUCAUUUUGCCAGUCAGCCUGGCCUGACUCAUUGUAGGCUUUUGACUUUGUAGCUGAGUCUGGGUUCUGCCUGUGAAAUGUACAACCGGUGAAAUUUGAGCGCAGUUUUGGAAAAAGCAACCACGCAGUAAUGGCAUUAAUCCACAUAGACCAUCUUCCUUGAAUCAACAGCUGACUUUGACGAUAGUCCUGUAAAUAUAAUGCUUAUUGUCUAAGUUGAGAUUUAGCUUUGGAUACUAGCAGAUAGUUUUGCUUUUGUCGGACAUCACUGCGCGUUCGGACAUAGUCAUCCACAUAAUAACUGUCUGUCGCUGCAUAAGUACAAAGUCUGAUCUUGAGUGAGGAGAGAGGGUGCAGUACUCUGGCAAUGACUUUCUCUUCAGAGAUAGUUGGGUGAAGAGCUUAUGUGUGAAAGCCGGUGUCUGGGUUUGGAGGGGGAAUUUCUUGGUGGAGAAUGGAUUCUUUUUUUUUUUUUUUAAAGAUUUAUUUAUUUGACAGAGAGAGACAGUGAGAGAGGGAACACAAGCAGGGGGAGUGGGAGAGGGAGAAGCAGGCUUCCCGCCGAGCAGGGAGCCCGAUGUGGGACUUGAUCCCAGGACCCUGGGACCAUGACCUGAGCCGAAGGCAGACGCUUAACGACUGAGCCACCCAGGUGCCCCAGGAGAAUGGAUUCUUUACGGUUCAGUACUGUCCCCCAGAUAGAAUUCUUUAAUUUUGUAAUGAGGAAAAAAAAGCAUUAAUGUUGGAGAACUGUUCUCUAGAACAAGUGCGAUAGGUUCAAAAGAAAAAUUAUCUGUAAUUUCAACAAGAAAAAACUUAUUUUUCUAUGUAACCUUGAGGUUAUUAGAAGUCUUUUCAAAUUCCAUCACAGAAGAGUUUUCAGGAAUGGUGGCUGGUUUGGUUUGGUUUUAAAUGUAUAUUGACAAAAACCCAUUUGUGUACACAAUUUUGUAUGUAAGUAAGAUUUUAAUUUUCUCUUUCUACCAUCUCAGAAGCUGAGUCUCAUUUAAGUAAUUUGGUAUUUGGCUAGAUGAUUUCAGGUAGAUUUUGUACUUUGGAUUUAUAAUUUUGUUAAAUUCACACAGGUUUUGGUUAUAAUUUGGCAAAUAUUUGUUAAUCCUUGAGUUUGAGAAUCUUAUUUGUCUUUUAGAAAUAAUAUUUAAUAUUUCACAGCCUAAGUGUAAUGGAAAUCACUGUUUUAAGUCUAGGAAGUCAUCAGAUAUCUAAAAGAUGAAGAAUUUCAAAGAAGCUGAUCAAGUUCAUGUUACAAUUUUUUUGUUUGAGAUGUUUUGUGUACUGGCUUAAUUCUGCUUAGGUUUUAUUUUUAACUGUUGUGUUUAUGGUUUAUAUAAAUUUUUAUAAUAAAAUAAUUUAAAUUUUCA